AUGGCGCAUCUCACCAAUUCUCAUUCAACCCUUGAGGACGGACUUUCCACCGUCAAGAACACACUCUACGCAGAGUCAGACAGCACAACAGAGCUUGGUGCUGAUAGCGACACUAGCAUCUCAGAAACUGGUGGUAUAUCUGCUGCUGAGUUCAAACGCAAGAUGUGGCAAUCGAAACCCAUCAAGGAGCUAGUAGGAGGAUUAUACGAAGAAAACAUCACCGCUAAGAUCUUCAGAACCGCUACAGAUGGUCUGGUUGGUAAUGACCCUCCAACGGCAUACCCAGAAUAUGUGCUGCAGACGGGGCCAGAUUCUGGCAAGUACAUAUUACGAGAGGCGUCUUUCUGGACGUGCGGGUUCUUCCCAGGAAACAUCUACUCUCUCAUCGAGAGACUCAUCAAGUUCCCUCAGACUAUGCCUGGAGGAAAAGAGAAGGCAGCCUUGCUAUCGAAGCUCUGGUCACUGGGCGCUGCGUGGUCAGAACCACUCCAUACAACAGCCAAACGCACAGAUACCCACGACAUGUCUUUCAUGAUCCAGCCUUCGAUGAGAGUCCGAUGGGAAAUUGCGCAAGACAAGCAGGCUUUGGAAUCCAUCAUUACGGCAGCUAAAGCUCUGCACACGCGCUACAACUCUACAGUUGGCGCAAUUCGAUCAUGGGAUGCGCUUACUCAACAUGGAGUCACUAUUACCAGCCUUACGGACGACUUUCUCGUAAUCAUUGACUCGAUGUGCAACCUUGACUUACUCUACUAUGCGGCAUCGCAUACAGGAGAGACUUAUCUUUGGGACGCAGCCACGAAACACGCGAGGACACUGAUCAAGUCAAAUCUGCGCUCAGAGAAGGACCCUAGAGGUCUUGUGCUAGGAAAGCUAUAUAGCACCAUACACGUCAUCAAUUUCGACCCCAAGAACGGCGAGAUCAAAGAGCGCCGUACAGGCCAAGGAUACGCUGCCGAGUCGACGUGGGCAAGAGGCCAGGCGUGGGCUAUCUUAGGCUACUCGCAAACCUUUUUGUGGACAGGCGAUGAUGAAUUCCUGGACGUGGCUCGCGGACUGGCAGAAUACUUCAUCCUAAGACUAGAGACGUCGCCAAAGUCUGUCGAGUUCCCAGUGGAGGGCGAGAGCAGGACGAAGGGCCGCUACGUGCCGCUCUGGGACUUCGACGCGCCAAUCGAGAACGAAGAUUUCCCUCUCCGAGACUCGUCCGCAGGUGUCAUCGCCGCCAACGGCAUGCUAGUUUUGUCCCAGGCUUUGGCCGGACAGGGUCUCACUGAGGAGAGCGCAAGGUUCCGGAAUAUGGCUAUUACGAUCAUUAAAGACACACUGGACUUCUCUUUGGCUACGGAGAAGACAGAGUUUGUUUUCGAGAACGGCGACAUCUCAACUAAAGACAUUCAUCAGGGCAAAACAUUUGACGCCAUCUUGAAGAAUGCAACAGCGAACCAUAACACCAGGGAUCACAAGCGAUACUGGGACCACGGCUUGGUGUAUGGUGAUUACUAUUUGAUUGAAUUUGGUAACAGGCUGCUUAAGAUGGCAUUGCUAUGA